GUGGGGAUUUGGGAUACGGCGUGAGAAAGUGUUUGUGGGGGAAGCGAUUAGCUAAAAAGUGGACAAAAGUUGAGUUAAAGUGAGAAAGUGUGCGUGUGACGGUGAGAAGAUGUCCCUGGUGGAUUUGGGGAAGCGGCUUUUAGAGGCUGCGCGGAACGGUGAAGAUGAAGAAGUGAGGAAGCUGAUGGCCAACGGUGCCCCCUUCACCACAGACUGGUUGGGCGCGUCUCCGCUGCACUUGGCGGCGCAGUACGGUCAUCGCUCCACAGCCGAGGUGCUGCUCAGGGCCGGCAUCUGUAAGGACGCACGCACUAAAGUGGACAGGACGCCACUGCACAUGGCCGCCACGGAGGGGCACGAGCUCAUCGUCGACUUGCUGAUCAGGAACGGAGCAGACGUAAACGCUAAAGACAUGCUGAAGAUGACGGCGCUGCACUGGGCGACUCAACACGGACACCACAGCGUUGCUCAGCUGCUCCUCAAACACGGAGCUGACGUUCACGCGCUCAGCAAGUUCGACAAGUCGCCCUUUGACAUCGCCCUCGACAUCCAGCACGCAGAACUCGCCAACCUCCUGCAGGAGGGCAUGCAGAAGCAGGUGAACAGGAACACAGACUCGUCCGUUGCUCCACAGUUCAUUAUUCAGGGAGGGGUCAUUAACAUCGCCGAGCUCGUUAAACCCAACACAGGUAACAGCGAGGACGCUGUCGCCGUCAGCGCUCUGGACCAACAGGCAGUGAAUGAUGCCGGACAGAGGGUGGUUACCAUAGUAACAGAUCAGCAGGGUCACCUACAGACGAGACUCACACAGCCGCUGUACGUCACGAUGCAGAACGGACGGCAAGUGUUGGCCGUCCCCUCUGGUCAGUUCACACAGGAGUCGGCGGAUGAAGAAGCUGAACCUCCUGUACGACGAAGGAAAAUCGAAGUCAUCUCUACAAACCACAUCGACAGCAGAGACACGGAGCAGCUCCAGCGGCGUCUGGCCGAAGCCAACAUGGCGGCCCAGUUGUACCGACAGCAGCUGCUGGAGAAGGAGCAGGAGGCGGAGGUGUACCGCAUGCAGCUGGAGGCCAUGACGGAGCGUGUGAUCACGCAGGAGGACGAGUGUGUGGAGGUGAAGCAGGAGGAGCCUGAGGAGGAGGUAGUGCUGCUGGCUGACGGAGAUGUGAUGCUCAACACAGAGGAGAUUGACUCCACCGCCGACAUCUCGUAACGCCUCACCUCGCCUCACGGACUCGCAUGUUUACGUCCCUGUGUGUGUGUGUGUGUGUGUGUGUGGAGGGGGGUUUCUUUCUUUUUCAGCUCUGGAUCAAGAACACCUACAGCUCUAUGUUUAUGAGAGAGAGACAGAAACUCUACAACUUUCCCUUGUGUUUUUUAAUAACUCGUUUCCUGCUUUAGUAAAAUGAUCCAUAUUUUC